AUGGACGACAUCGGACACAGUCGUUUACUGAAGUUCUUCAUUACCAGAAUGGACGACCCAAUUGAGUCGAAUGUACCAGGCGAGCAGAUCAUACGAGUUGGUGAAAGCGAUGACCAUUAUGAGCCUGUCAUAACCGUGACUCAGCAGGAGACUUCCACGAGCAGGGCAAACAUAACGGCGCGGAAAAUAACCGUCACCGAAGAUAUUUCGGAUGAGGGGAUUAAGGAACCUGUUUUGGAAAUGGAUAAAUUGGAAAAUGGAACCGAAGGAAAACCUGUGGAAAUUGAAAAGAAAGUUUCUCAAAAAUCACAGCAUGAAGAGAAGAGAAAUAAAACUAAAAUUCCAAUGUUAAAGAAAGCUGUGCGCCAGCUGAUCCCAGUAGAAGAUAAAAAGAAAAUGGAGGAAGAAAUACCAGUACAAAGGCGGAAGUCAUCAAUCCCUCGAUUAAAAGAUAUGAAAAAACUCGUCACAACUGCAAAAGCAGAGAAGGAGAAUACAGAUCCUAAAACUGUCGUCUCGCCAAGAACAGAAGAAGAAUUCGACAAAUUAUUCGAAGAGAUUAAACAAAACUCUGAUAGACAUUCAAAUGCUUUCGUUAAAGAUCCAGAAAAAAUUGAGAUGAAAUUUGAAGAAAUAAUACACGAUUAUGAUGAAAAUAAAGUAGAACCAAUUAAUGUAGAAAAACUAAAAAGUAGAAUACCUAUGCUUAAAAGAAAAAGCGAACAUGACAUUGAGGCUACAAAGCUAACUAAUUGGAGACGCGCUUAUAAAAAACGUUCAUCUAUACAAAAUCCACAACAUUAUAGUAAAUUAUUCCUUAGAGUGCAAGCAAAAGCAGGCGAAAGAAACAGAACCCAAUCCGAAUCCGUCGAUAAUUCAUUUACAACAGAUACUGAGAAACAAGAAAACACAGAAAGAGAAAACGUGGAAAACUCAAACAGUUAUACUGGAUCUGAUACAAACGAUUCAUUAGGUAUAUCAAAAUUUGAUCCAGUAAUUUCAAAUACAGAGAAAAAUAAAAUGGAAGAUGAUGAAUAUGUAUCUCACAAUACUUCUGUACAAAAUGCUCUUGAAACUGAAGAGAAAAGAAUUCUCAAAAAGAGUCAAUCUAUCGACAGUCCUAAUGUACAACUAAAAGAAAUUGAAACAAAAAGCAGUGUUAGACGCAGUCUAAGUCAUAUUGAUAAUCUAUCUUCGAACGCUUUGGUUCAAAAGGUUGUUGAGGCUCAAAAGCAAAUUCCAGAUAGUGAACAUUAUAACGCAACACCUAUUACGGAAACCACAGAAGUAAAAGCAUUAGAUGACAAUGAAAUCAAGUCUCCUAUAGAUGAACAGCCUAUUGAAGGUACCGUACCUCAUGCAAUGGACACAAUUGUACAACAGGACAUGGUAUGUAAAGAAACAUCAAUGUUAAUUCGUAAAAAUCAAGAUGAUAUGGAAUCAGCAGACGAACCUAAAAGUUUAGAAAUGGAAGUAUCGUAUACGAUAGAAUCUUACCAUAUAGAUCAAACCCAACCAACUGACUUGACUGAAAAACCGACAACUGUUUCAAUAAACAAUUCACAAGAUAGUGAAACUAAUAAUGAAGUAAAAGAGACACACCGAAAUAAUAAUUACGAUACAAUUGACAAAAACGUAUUUGAUAAUUUGGAUCAAGAGAUUUCUGAGUCUAAAAAUAUUUCAACAGAUGUUUUGAAGCCAAACAUUUGUAACACAGAAACAAUAGACACAGUAAAUGGUAUUUCGGAGUCUGUCAAUCAAUCGAGUCAAAAUAUUGAUAAAUCUGAUUCCUCUAGUGAUCAUGAAAACUCUGAGAUACAUAAAGCACCUCAAGAAUUCAAAAUCGAAUCUCCAAUAACAGCCAUGCCUGACAUUAAUAAAUAUUUGCCAGACAAUGAAUCAAUAAAAAGUGGAGAUCAACAAAUCCCUAUCCUAGGUCAUCCAGGUGCCUUAUUUAAUCGUCCAGAGACUCCCAUAGAAGACUUUUUACCAAUGAUACGAGAAAGCAAGGAGAAUUUAGCUACUAGUUUAAAUACAGAUAUACCAAACACAGAAGUUGAACAGAACUCUACAGAUAAGAAUAUCGAUCAAGUAAAUCAGGAACAACAUAAAAUCCCCGAAAAAAAUAGUGAAUUAGAAGAUAUCCAUGAACAGCGAAGAAGAAAUAAAGAAAAGAUACAAGAAUUAAUAUCGAAUACCAAAGAAGAAGAUAUUAUUGCACUGAAGGGAAAGGUUAUCAGAGUUAUUAGUCGAUUAGACUCUAGAGACUACAGCAAUAUUAAAAAUAAACCAGAAAUGGUAGAGAAUGUGCCUAAAAGGUCCGUGUUGUCUAAAAUAGCUUUAUUUGAGCAAAAAGAGGCAGAUGUAUAUAAAAGAAAACUCUCGCGGAAUCAAAUCCAAAACGCUGAUUUACCAAAAAUCGUGGAUGAGGUUCUAAAACAACCAAAAUCAGACAAAGAUGUCAACGCAUUUACUUGGACUAAUAGUUAUACAGAAAAACCAAAAAUAGAUAUAAACACAGAACCCAGAAUUGAAAUCAAAAGAGAGCUGUCGUAUGCUGAAGUGGAUUUGGGAGAUGCUGUCAAGGGAAGAGUAAGAGAUAUGGUUGUUCGGAUGGUGUCAUUUGAACGCAUGGACCUGGAGAGGAAAGGUAUUAUUGAUAUCAAGGAGAAGCCCAGGAGUGGAUCUGUGUCUGAAAAAAUCGCUUUGUUUGAGAAGAAAGUUACCUUACCAAAGAAGAUAAAAUCAGACACGCCUAGGCAAGAGGGAGCGCCCGAAGUUAACAUGAGUGAAGAAGAGUUGAAAGAACGGAUAGAAGAGUUAAGGGAAGCGAAGAAGUACGGAAAGUUCACUGACUUGAAAUAUGUUGAAUUGAAUGAUGGGUCUAUGAUGCCUGCGCUUGGAGUCGGUACUGCUCUGUUACACAAAAGUCUAACGAUGUAUAUAAUCUGUGCCGCCAUAGACCUCGGCUACCGUACCAUAGAUAGCGCAUUCAUUUAUGGCAACGAAAAAGAGAUUGGCGAAGCUAUAAACGAGAAAAUUAACGAUGGAACUGUCAGACGUGAGGACCUCUUCAUAAUAUCGAAGUUAUGGAGUACAUUCCACCGUCGUGAUGUCGUGGAGAAAGCAUGCAAAAUGUCCCUCAAAGCUAUGGGGCUAGACUAUUUUGAUUUGUAUUUAAUACAUAAUCCUAUGUCGUUUAAGGAAGGUGACGAUCCCAUACCGAAGAUCGCUAAUGUCAUUCAAUACAGCGAAUCGGACUACUUAGACGCCUGGUUCGGUCUGGAGAAGCUGGUGAAAAAGGGCUUGGUUAAACGGGUUGGUGUUAGCAACUUCAACUCCGCGCAAAUCGAUAGAAUCCUUGAUAAGGGAAGAAUUAAACCAGUUGUCAACCAAAUUGAGUGUCAUCCCUACCUGACACAAUACCGCCUGGACGAGUUCUGCCAAUCCAGGGAUGUUAAGCUAAGCUGCUACGGAGUCCUGGGUUCAAAGGGGACGCCGUUGGAGUAUACAAGUGGAUUAUCACCAGUGAUAGAUGAUCCUUUGGUGCUUUCAAUGGCUGCUGGGUUGGAUGUUACACCUGCACAGCUCUUGAUCAGUUACCAACUGCACUUAGACCAUAGUGUGGUGGUAAAGGCAUCGACUGGUCGCCAUCUUUGGAGCAACCUGCAAGCGCAAGCCGUGAAACUUGAAAAUUCUCAUAUAUCUGCGCUCAACGCCCUAAAUAGAAAUAAGCGGAAUUUUACUAUGAAAGGAAUGGGUGACACACACAGGAACUACCCAUUUCGGAUACCGUUUUAG